AUGACACCACCAAGAUUACAGGGGGCCGCAGGGACCGCGACGGGGGCGAGCCGGAGUCGGACCCACACUCCGGCCGUGACGCCCACCAGCGACACCAAGUGGGCCAUCCGGACGCCCCCCGAGUGGAACGACAGCCUCAACAACGGCAGCACCGCCAAGUACGCGCGCAACAGGCGCAGGCCGUCGCUGCCCGUGCAAGCCAACACCGGCAGCGCGCACGAAUGGAAGGAGACCGGCCAAAAGAACUCGCUGCGGUCGCAGCGCUCGCAGAGCAGUGAGCGGCCCGUCAGCUCGACGAGCACCACGCGGGCCGACGAGCAGCAGGAGCUGUACGACGACUACGGCAAGCUGCCCUUCAUCGUCGAGCAAGGCCCCACGCCGGACACGGACGGCUACAGCCGGCCCGACACCCCCGUGCCGUCGCCGGCCCGCUGGGACGUGGGGCUGCCCCUGCUGCCCAACCUGCCGCCCCCGCAGUCGCUGGUCUGCCUGCGGACGCCCAAGGGCCGCAGCGCCAGCGUGCAGAGCGUGCACCCCACCGGCAACGGGCCCUGGGAGCUCGUCUCGCCCACGCCCUUCGGCCAGCGGCUCUCGGCGUCGGACCACGCGAGCUUCGAGUCCAGCAUCCUGCCGGGCACGCCGCUGCCGGGCAUCGCGGAGGAGCGCAACAACCGCAAGAAUGUGGCCGCCACGACCAUGGUGGCCGCGCAGGCCGCGGCCACGGUGGCGGCGCCAGCGUCCUCGACCGUCGCCAAGGCCACCCUGGCCGAGCUCAAGCACUACCACCACUUCGGCUCGCUGGAGAAGGAGACGGCGGGGCUGCCCAUCGCCUCGGACCCAGACCUCGUCAAGUCCGGGGCGCAGGCCGACCACAACACGCUGCUGUUCCGCGACGGGCGGAGGCGCAUCGACAUGGUGGUGGUGUGGGAGGUGGACAAGUCAGGCGUGCCAACGGAGCAGGAGGCGAUGCGCGGCGAGCGGAGGCAGAGGUUCCAGGCCGCCCUGGAGGCGGAGGGGCUGCAGUUGGAGUUCGAAGGACCGACGAGUUCUUUCGACGAAAAAUCUAUGUUUAUGAAAAUUCACGCGCCGUGGAAGGUGAUAACGCGCUAUGCAGAAGUAAUGAAUUUGAAGAUGCCAAUAAAGAGAUUUUUAUCCAUAUCUGUAAAAGCGUGGGAAGGCGAGGAAGUACCCACUGUAGAUAAAGGUGUAACGCCUAUGGCUUUUUUAAACCAAUUUUUUGAUCUAGACCACCGAAAGAUAGCGCAAGAACCGUCUUUCUACCGAUCGACGCACCACAGCGAUCGGGAGGAACAGUUCGUCGUUAAGGACAGAGAGUCGUACUUCACCUCAGCGCAACGUAGCUCCAUAGUGUGGGAACUGAUGAUUCGUGCCAAAUCUGCUGACGGGGAAAGGCUCGGCAUUCGCUACCUCCUCAGCAACAGCACCUAUUUGUCCGCCUUUCCUCUGCACGAGGGGCGCUACGACGAGGACGGGCCCAACGGGUUUAUGUUCGACAGGAGGCUGCUGUACCUGGAGUGGGGCCGUGCCGCGCGCUGCCUGAAGAGGCAGCCCCUCUGGCUGGUCCGGAAGUACUUUGGCGACAAGAUAGCUAUGUACUUCGCGUGGCUGGGCUUCUACACCAAGGCCCUGAUCUUGCCGUCGUGCGUCGGCCUCUUCUGCUUCUUCUACGGCCUCAUGUCCAUGGACUCGGAAGACAACAUGCCCAGCAAGGAGAUCUGCGACCCGUCGGGCGCUGGGAAUAUCACGCUGUGCCCGCUGUGCGACAAGGCCUGCCGCUACCAGAAGCUCAAGGAGUCGUGCCUGUUCGCCAAGAUGACCUACCUCUUCGACAACCCGUCCACCGUGUUUUUCGCCAUCUUCAUGUCGUUUUGGGCGACCAUGUUCCUGGAGAUGUGGAAGCGGCGCGCGGCUGUCAUCCGCUGGGAGUGGGACCUGCAGAACGUGGAGCAGGACGAGGAGCCGCGCCCCGAGUUCGAGGCCAACGUGACCACCUACAGGGUGAACCCCGUGACCCGGCAGCGGGAGCCCUACCUCACGGCCUGGAACCGGUGCCUCCGGUUCACGGCCACCGGCUCGGCCGUCUUGUUCAUGGUGGUGGUGGUGUGCUGUGCAGUGCUGGGGACCAUCAUCUACCGCAUCUCCCUGGUCACCGUCUUCCACAGCGGCGGCGGCGCCUUCCUCAAGCAGCACGCCAAGAUCUUUACCUCCAUCACGGCGGCCUGCAUCAACUUGACAAUCAUCCUGAUCCUCACGAGGUUCUACCAUCAACUGGCCCUGUGGCUCACCAACCUCGAAAACCCGCGCACGCAGACUGAAUAUGAAGACAACUUCACCUUUAAGAUAUUUGUUUUUGAGUUCAUGAACUUUUACUCAUCUCUGAUUUACAUAGCUUUCUUCAAGGGCCGCUUCUUCAUGCACCCGGGGGACGAGGCCACGCGGAGCUCCGAGUUCCUGAAGCUGAAGGGCGACGUGUGCGACCCCGCGGGCUGCUUGUGGGAGUUGUGCAUCCAGCUGGCCAUCAUCAUGGUGGGCAAGCAGUGCCUCAACAACUUCGUCGAAGUUCUAUACCCGAAAUUUUGGAACUGGUACUACAACCUGUACCACAAGAGCCACACCAAGAAGGACUUAAACCGCGGCCUGACGCGCUGGGAGGAAGACUACCAACUGCAGGACCCGGGCCGCCUGGCACUGUUCUACGAGUACCUGGAGAUGGUGCUGCAGUACGGCUUCGUGACGCUGUUCGUGGCGGCGUUCCCGCUCGCCCCCGUGUUCGCCCUGCUCAACAACGUGGCCGAGAUCCGCCUGGACGCGUACAAGAUGGUGACGCAAGCGCGACGGCCACUCGCGGAGCGCGUCGAGGACAUCGGCGCCUGGUUCGGCAUUCUGAAGACCAUCACCUAUAUCUCAGUCGUCUCAAACGCGUUUGUCAUCGCGUACACGAGCGACUUCAUCCCCCGGAUGGUGUACAAGUACAAGUACUCGCCCACGGACGACCUGGUGGGCUACAUCGACGCCUCGCUGUCCGUGUUCAACACGUCGCACUACACGGCCGACAUGGGCUCGGACGUGGACGACCCCGACCCGGACGUGUGCCAGUACCGCGGCUACCGCAACGGGCCCGAGCACCCCACGGACCCCUACGGCCUGUCGCCCCAGUACUGGCACGUGUUCGCCGCCAGGCUGGCCUUCGUCGUCGUGUUCGAGCACAUCGUUUUCCUAACGACGGCCGUGGUGUCCUACGUGAUCCCCGACGUGCCGACCGAGGUGCGCACGCAGAUCCAGCGCGAGCGGCUGCUCACCAAGGAGGCCAAGUUCGAGCACGGGCUGUCGCGCGGCAAGAGCGUCGACGAGUACGACGAGCUGCUGUACGCGCUGCGCGAGCGCGACCGCGGAAACAACUCCCGCUUCGGCGACAUCCUGAGGCGCGGCUCGUGGGGGCGGCGGCUGUCCCGGCAGUCGGACGGCGCGGCGGGUGACAGCCACUCGGACGUGCACCGCACGGGAACGCGCAGCUCGUCCACGGUGUGGGGCGACCCCAGCAGCACGUCCCUGGCACACCCCUAGCACGCUGUGCUCACGGCCAGCCAACGGCCAGCUCACGGGGGCCGUACCCACACUGCGCCCUGGGGGCAGGUCCAUCAGCGACCUAACAUGGAGCGCGUAGGGUGGGUGCGGUCCUUAAAAAUCGGACUCUACUGAGAUUAAACGAAUUAAUCGCUUGUCGCCGCCGACACUGGAACCCGCACGCCCCGCACCCAGCACGCCCUG